CCAUAAAACGAAAACCAUUCAGGCUGAGCGAGGAGAAGGCGGUAUAUUUCGCCGAGGCCUUUUCGAGAGGGCGUAUGGGACGCGGGCUUGGAGGUUAUGCCGAUGCCCGAAAGAGGCCUGCAUAAAGUCUUUCUACCUACGCUGGAAUGGUCAUCGAUGACACGUUCGCGGGCUUUUUGGAUUUAUGGAUUUGUCAGGCCGGUAUCGCGUUAAUCUCCACCCCAUAGGUCGACCUGUCAGCCCUGUUGGCAGAUAAAAGGGCGCUUGAAGGGGCAGAAGGACACACUGCCAUCGGUUUCUUCGAGGGGUACAACGGACCACCCCUUGAGACAGCUUCAGUUUGCGAGAGCAGGUAUCAGGAAUCGCUAUUACUCCGUCCUCUCCUUCUCUUUCACCUCCCCUCUUCUUGGUCAUGGAGGAGAAGCUCCUACUUCCAAUCAAAGUGUACAACGCGCCGCACGGGCAGGGUCCGAACCCAUGGAAGGUGAUCAUCGUGUUGGCGGAGCUAGGGCUACCGUAUGAGAUCGCGUGGAUACCGUACGGAGAGAUGAAGUCGGAGCCGUACACGCUACUCAACCCGAACGGGCGGGUGCCAGCCAUGGUGGACCCGAACCGGGGCGGAGCAGGUGGCGUGACACUGUGGGAGUCGGGUGCCAUCAUCAACUACCUUAUUGCGACGUACGACCGUGAGGGCCGGCUCCGGUACGGCGACGACCGCCUCGAGGAGAAGUGGCUCCUCCAGAGCUGGCUCAUGUUCCAGAUGAGCGGCCAGGGCCCCAUGUUCGGUCAGAAAGUAUGGUUCACGCACUUGCACAUCGAGCCGAACCUGCGGACGGCGAUCGACCGAUACGGCAACGAGGCGAAGCGAAUCAUGGGCGUGGUGGAAGCGACGCUGCGCAAGCAGCGGCAGAAAUUACAAGCAGAGCAGCAAGCGGAGGAGACACCGGUGUGGCUCGUCGGCGACAAGUGCACGUACGCGGACCUCGCGUUCGUGCCGUGGAACACACUCCUCGACACGGUUUUCCCGCGCAGCGACGCGGGUAUGACGCUGGACCUCGCGCGCGAGUUCCCUGAGUACAACCGCUGGCACCGCAACAUGGCGGCGCGGCCGGCGGUGAGGGGCGUCCUCGCGCACAGGGAGGAGUGCAUCCGCACCAUGACGAACACCUCCUUCCAGGUCGUCGAGAGGCAGGCGGACGCGGCCAAGCUGCCCGAAUAUGAGCCCUCGGUCGGAGUCGGGGGGAACUAAAGAGGGACAGCGACGGCGGGGCAGCGCGUGUAGCAAGAGAACCUCGGGGGGCCGUCGUGCUGGGUAGAUAGGCGUAGGUGA